AUGUCAAAUCUUUUAUCUUUUUCAUCGAUGGCUACUAUGCUACAAGCAUCUAAUAUUGUUUGGCAAAGUGUUAGUCUAACUGAUGAACUUAAAAUUAAUCUUGAAUAUGAUAUUCAUCGUGGUUUACUUAAUAUUUUUGUAAAAAAUACCGGUAAUAAUGACGAAUUACCAUGUCAUAUUAAUAUUCUAUCGAAACAAUCUGAAGACGAUUGUGAAUUAAUAUCAGAUUCUAAUAAUAAUAAUAAUUAUCUAAUGUCAUCUGAUAUACAGCAAGAUCUAACAAACGUCAUAUCUGAUAAUGAACUAAAAAUUUGUUAUGAAAUAUCAACCACUUAUGUUUAUGAUAUAAUCGAUGAAAAUGAAAAUAUCGAUCAAAUUGAUUUUAGUCAAACAAUGAAUUCAUCAUCACCAUCAUCAUCAUUCUAUUGUGAUGAACAGACAAUGGAUAAUGAUGAUGGAUAUUCAACACAUUCACUUGAUGAUAUUGAACAACCCCAACCACAACAACAACAGUCUAUAGCGAUUCCUUCAUCUAAAUUAAUUGUACCGUCCUUUUCCUCUCUACAUCAUUAUUAUUAUUCUGAACACUUAUUUCCAUUUAUUGUAAUGAAUAAAUCCGAAUAUAUAUAUGUUAAUGAACAUUUAAUAUCACCAUCAUUAAUAUGUCCUAUUUGUUUAAGUAUUCUUGAAGAUCCACAUACGCAUAUAACAUGUGAUAGUGCAUUUUGUCGUUCAUGUUUAUUACAAUUAGUUGAACCUAAUUGUCCAAUAUGUCGUUGUUAUUGGGAUUAUACAUUACCUAUUGAAUUUAAUACAGAUUUACCAAAAUCAAGUCGACUUAUUCGUAAUAUGCUUGAUGAAUUGCUUGUUGAAUGUGUUCAAUGUCAUGCAAUUCAUCGUCGUGGACAAUUUAAACAUGAUUGUCAACCCAUGAAAGAUUCUUUAUCAAUUAAAACUCAAAAAUGGGAAGGAUUUCAAAUCCUUCUAUCAGCUUUAGUAAUUUUUCUAUUGAUUUUAACAAUUUAUUACAAUCGAAAUUAUGUUUUUGAAACAGCUGUCGAUCGUCAUAAUGAAUUAAUUAAAGAAAUAGGUAUUGAUAUUGAUAAAUAUUUAUUCAAUAAAAUUUACUAUUUAAUAGUUAAAAUUAUUGAAUAUUCAAUGCCUGUAUUUCUAUUUAAUAUAUUUCUAUGGUUGGUUAUAUUAUUUUAUGGUGAUCGAUUUACAUCGAAAACAACUAGUCACAUACUGAAAAAAAUUAUUGAAAUAUCAAUUAUUGUUAAUCUCAUAGGACAUUCGCUUUAUUAUUAA